GAACUCGUCUUUAGCACCAGUCCGUCUGUGGGCGGGGCUUAGACAGGAGGUUGUCACACCAACAUGGCGUGGAGGGGAUGCGCGAUGAAAUGGAUCAAAACAGAGUUGGUCGGGUCCCACAACACCGCGCCGCGGAGCUCCAGACUCAGUUUCUACAACCAACAGAGGUGUGGUUUUCGUCGCGAAGCCAAAAGGCCGGAUACAAAGAAAGGCAAUGUCAGCCAAGAAACAACCCCUUCGCCCCAUGAAGCUGGCACCCCGGGGCCCCCGCCUCCUCCCAAAGUCCGCAGGCUGAACCUCUUCAGACCGCUGAUGUUCACAGUAGGGUUUACAGGUUGCUCCUUUGGUGCGGCUGCCAUUCUGCAAUAUGAGACGCUGAAGUCAAGAGUCCAAACUGCAAAAGACGAAAAGGACUCAGAAAAGCUCUUACAGGGCUCCCAGGACACGGCACACUGGCAUGACUGGUGGAACCAGCUCUCAGGCGUCCAGCGACAGCUCAUCCUGCUCAUGUCGAUGGUGGACGACGUCUGGAGCAGCCUCACAGAGGGACAGAAGACCGUCACAGGUAUUAUUGCGGUGAAUGCCGUUGUCCUGUGUUUGUGGCGGAUGCCCUCAAUGCAAAGAAGCAUGAUUAAGUACUUCACGUCCAACCCGGCCUCCAAAACGCGGUGCCUUCCCAUGGUCCUGUCGUCCUUCAGCCACUACUCCUUUAUCCACAUGGUGGCCAACAUGUAUGUCCUGUGGACGUUUUCCUCAGGAAUCGUCUCUCUCUUGGGGAGAGAGCAGUUUCUUGCCGUCUACCUGUCUGCCGGUGUGAUAUCCACUAUGGUCAGCUACAUGUGUAAAACAGCCUCUGGGCGUCUCUAUCCAUCAUUAGGAGCAUCAGGUGCUGUCAUGGCGGUCGUGGCCGCAGUCUGUGCAAAGGUGCCGGAGGCCAAACUAGGCAUAAUCUUCCUCCCCAUGGUGACUUUCACGGCAGGAAAUGCUCUGAAAGCGCUCAUGGCCUUUGAUGCAGCAGGGCUUUUCCUGGGAUGGCGGUUCUUAGACCACGCAGCUCACCUGGGCGGAGCCCUCUUUGGAGUAUGGUAUGUGGCAUACGGAUACAAACUCAUCUGGAGAAAGAGGGAGCCACUUGUAAAGAUGUGGCAUGACAUGCGUUCUCCAGGUGCUGGUGGAUCCAGGCCGGGGGGUGGGCCUGGGGUCGGUGGUGGUGGAGGACCAAGACCACAAUAAAAGACUGCAAUGUCCCCCGGACUCCUUUAUUUAACAAAAUAAACCUGGAGGCCACAGUUUCCUUCAGAAUACUUUUA